CUUUCCCUGUGGGAGGAAACCGGAGUACCCGGAGAAAACCCACGACCUUCGGCAGAGCGUUGACUUUUACUCUUUUCACAUAUGGACUGGGUUCGAGUCACAUUGAGAAAUUCUCAUUGAGAUUUGAACCUGCGACCUUAGAGGUGAAAGGCAAGUGCGCUAACCACUUGGCCACCGAAGCCUGAUUCAAAAAGGUAUAUAGGGGAAGAAGAGAUUUUGGGGGGGGGGGGGUACUUCAUAUAUAUAUAUAUAUAUAUACAUAUAUUCCGUCCCGGCUAGUUAGGAUCUCCACAAAAACUCGCGUUAAAUGCACUCGAGAUGUUGGAAAAAAACUUGAAAAGCGCAUUCUCCUAACAUUGAUCCCUUCGUGCUUUAUAACACCAUAAACGCACGCGACUUGAUUUCUUAAAUAGUGGCAGUCCACUGAGUUUCCUGAUUCGUGUUUCCCGUACCCUGUAUCACGUAAAUUAUCAAAUCAAUAUUUUACGGAAAGCGUAAUAAUUAUUUUAAUAAUAAAAUUUCUUGGCUACUCUUGUAGGUUGUAGCGUUGAGCUGGGAUUAUUUUUCAUUGGUUUAAAUUGAUUUGAGUAAUUUAUUGUAACAUUUUUUCAUUUUUCAGUCAUUUAUUGUAACAUUUAUCAAUUAAACCACAUGCAAGUUUAUAUCCGGCUUGGUUUUCAUUGGGACCAAAAUACAGUCAUUGUGUUGGCCUAGUAUAUUGAUCUGUAUAUUGUCGCAAUAUCGAUUUUCCGUCAAUUAAUUAGGUGUCGGGAUGUCUGUUCCGAUUAUCGAACGUAAUAAACGUAACAGAUGUCCAUUAUGAUUUAUGAUCCAUUUCAGUUAGCAAAUUCUAAUUAGCAAACGUAAUAAAUGGAAAAUAGCGUAAUCUGAUUAUCUGAAAUAUUUGGAAUAAAUUACAUUCUUUGAUGAGAAAUAUGUCAGUGAAGAGCAGCGCUUAUUCAUGCUGUCUGUGGUAUUUUAAACAGAACGAAAUAGCCCCGCAAUGUAUAUUACCUGGCUUUUUCCCGCAUCUUUGAAAGCGAUUGUAAUUUCAUAUUUAGUAGAAUGUUUAAGCACAACGACGGAUCAUUCAUGAAGGCGAACAUCAAGCCCAUCUGAAUGGAAUGAAUACGUAGGUAGUUCGUCUUCACUGAUGAUCCGUUUGUUUUACGCGUUUAUACGCAGAUAAAUUAUGAGACGAACUAUCUCUUGCUGCCCAAGUUUAUCCAGAGGUUUGUUGUACGAAGGCAAGAUAGCGCUAUCCACCGGAUAGUGAUUCUUGAACCUUCGUGGAUACAGAUAUCGACCACACAGUAAUUAUAAAAACUUGUUAAUUUAUAAUUACUAAACUCUAAUCUUGGUUAUACUAUUCGACAGACAAAUUUAGAAGGUUUGAAACAAUCAUUAUCCGUUGGAUACCGUUAUCCGGCCUUCGUACAAGUAACAACCGGUCCCAAACUGAUAAUCUGUCUCUAGUACAAAUCGGGUCACUAUACAGGUACAUGAAGGCUUCCUUUUUACCAACUUUUUUCAGGACGUGAACUCCAAGGGAAGACAAGCUACCGUGUCCAUGAUCUACUGUUGGAUUUUGCUCGGGCAAAACUUCGAGCCUCACGCACACUAACUGAUGUACAGUGCUCUUUCGUGAAGACGCUUCGUGGCCAAUGCGUAAACGGUGAAUGGAAUAUUACUUCGAGCACCUAUCAAAAAGAUUAUUACUUCAAGUACUUACCCUAUCACAUUUUCUCAUCAGAACAGCAUGAUGAACUACUUCAACUGUUCUUUGACUUUCAAUGGCUUGAACAAAAAACGAAACAGACCGAUUUGCCCUCCCUAAUAGCGGAUCUUCGUUUCCUGCACACGCAGCCUCAAGAAAUCAAACUUCUCAAAAAGUCGUUAAUGUUAUCCCACUCCGUCAUCGAGAAAAACCCAGAUUCUAUUGGUCAGCAACUGCUAGGUAAUAAAAAUAAUAUAUUCUAAAACUGUCUGUACCAGUGUAGGUAGUACCAAUGUGAAAAUGCUGUGCUGAGUGGUUAUAUUAGCACCUUAAAAAACACAAGCAGAAACUCGACAAUUCCUGCUACUAACUCUUGACGAAGGGCCUUCGCUCGAAACGUCGAGUUUCUGCUUGUUUUUUUUAAGGUAGUAAUAUAACCACUCAGCACAACAUUUUCACAUUGGCACUACUCACACUGGUACAGACAGUUUCAAUAAAAAUAAUGUACUGUGUGAUGUUACUCUGAGUGUAUAUCCACACCGGGCAGGCUUGAAAAAUAUGCCUGGCCACGGUGAGAUGCGAACCUACCACCUUUGGAAUACUAGCACAACGCUCUGCCAACUGAGCUACGCGGUCAGGUCGGUUCGAGUAUGCGAUAUUUCGGAACUGAGUCUAGUUCCUUCGAUAUCAGUGUAAUCUAAUAGACUCAGUUCCGAAAUAUCGCAUACUCGAACCGACCUGACCGCUUAGCUCAGUUGGCAGAGCGUUGGGCUAGUAUUCCAAAGGUCGUAGGUUCGAAUCCCACCGUGGCCAGACAUAUUUUUCAAACCUGCCCGGUGUGGAUAUACACUCAGAGUAAUAUCACACAGCAUCUUAUUCACCUGAGUACAUUACACCAACACAGCAAAUAUAAAAAAUAAUGAAGCUUCCCUUCCCUUCCCUUCCCUUACCUUGCUUUUCCUUACCUUACCUUGUCUUGCCUAAUACCAUACCAUAACAUACCAUACCGUACCAUACCAUACCAUACCAUACCUUAUCUUACCCUGCCUUACGCCCUUACCUUACCUUACCUUAAUUUUCCUUACCUUACCUUAAUUUUCCUUACCUUACUUUACCUUACCUUUCCUUACCUUACCUUACCUUACCUUAAUUUUCCUUACCUUACCUUAAUUUUCCUUACCUUACUUUACCUUACCUUUCCUUACCUUACCUUAAGGGCGUUUUCCAUUUCGAUUGUAUCGUACCGACAGUACGGUAUUUGUUUGUUUCCUAUAAAAACUGAAGUGGAAAUAAUGAUUUGGAAAUAAAAUGGGAAUGCUACGCUACGAUCCAUUUGAAGUGGAAAAUGGCCUUUACCGCAUCUUACCGUGCCUUACCGUACAUGAACUUCGCUUACCAGCCUAUGUUUUCUUUUCUUUUUCCUUGAAAGUUUUAUCAGUUCUAAACUGUUCUUCCUAGAGGUACAUACAGUCAUUAUGGCUAUCUCUUACUAGUAUACAUUCGACCAAGGUCUAUUACAAACCCAGUAUUCUGAUUGGCUACUCAACCAGUGACCAUUAGUCAAUACGUAACGGACCGCUGCUGGGGAAAAAGAUGGCGGAAAACGGGGUUUUUGCAAAGGUUUCUGGGGAAUUUUGUAGAAAAUUCUUUCCCGGAUCGUGUUCGGCCAAAAACAUUUAUCGAUAAACACAUUUACGUAGUUUGAAAAAUUUUGGCUCAACAGACUUUUUUAAGAAUUGUCAAAAUAAUUGAGUAUCAAAAGAAUCGUUUUCUAUGGAAUAAAAUUAGGGGGUCACCGAUGUCGUUUACGAGGUAAAUUACUUUAAAACCACAACCUCGUACCAUGGCAUUUUGCUUCCGGUCAGCCAACACACUCAAUGCUGCGUAUAUAACCAAAGGAAAGCAACAAAACAAGUUGACUUUAUUCGGUUUUCGUUUUUUACACUUCAUUCAGCGAGAUAGCCCGUAAUGUUGAUGACUUUUAAACAUAUUCAGAGCCUGCUCAGCCUGUGAUUAAAUUUUUAAUGAGCAUCGAAACCGCUUCAGCGUUUGGUUUAUAUAAAUUGUGUUAUGAGCAAAUGUAUUGGUAUCACAAUCUUUAUUUGACUAUAACGGUGUACGUUUUUUGAAGUCAACGAUGUACAGGUAUGCACGACGCAUGUGAGAAAUGUAUGGUUGAACUGAAGCAAAUACUCGUCCAUACAAAAUGUACAAAGACUUAAUUUGGACCAAACAGUUUUGUAAUGUAUUGUCUUUCCUUAAUUCAUGCUGCAUGUAUCUCAAACGAAAUGUCAAAAAUCUAAUUUAAUCAAUACUUUAGUCCUUCAAGAACUUAUAAAUUUGUCACUGCACUCUCGUUCCACCAAAAUAAUAAUUAUUCCCACAUAUAUUGAAUACUUACAUUCAAAAUUAUUGACCAAUCAGGUUGCAAAACAGACCAGCCGAAGCCAGGGCCUUUUUCUUGACCAUCCAGCCGCGGAAGCAAAAAGCCGUGCGUAGGAGAUUGGCCACAAUAUCCGCCAUUUUGAAACGCCACUGUUGCCAUAGCAACUGCAGUAGUAGUAACGUCACUGUUGCCAUAACAACGUAAUUUUUGUGAAAAAAUUCAAACACUCUAGAUGGUGUUUACAGCGGUAAGAUACUUUUUGUUUUUCAACAAGUAAAUAAUUCAUUUCCAGUCUAAAAACAACUUUCUUUCCGGAAACCAUAUUGUUUACAGUUUGAAAAUAUCUUAAGCUCCGGACUUUUAAGUCUUGUUAGUUGUUUUGUCCCCCUACAAUUAUCAAUAUUUCGCUCGUAUUUUUCCUUAAUAUCAUGACUGUUAUACGACCUGUUUUAAAAUAUUUUCAAAGUGGAAUCAAAGUUUCCAAAGAGAACUUGAGAACUAUUUGCUUAUUCGAUCAGGGAGCAUUUAUAAUUAGAGGACUUCACACUGCAGGAGUUGAAGCUAAGACACUAACCAGUGUGCGAUAUAAGUACCCCUAUUUCCGCUUCUUUUUUUUAAAAGCGUAAAUGUUCAACAGUAUGACAGUAAUAUUUAAAUAAUAACAUUUUAUUACGCAUGUCAAAGCAGUUUUAUAUUUGUAUUCUAGGUAGCUUGCUAUCGUAUGUUGACAAAUACCCGUGCGUGAACAAGCUGGUAAAGGACAUCCGCGAUACGUGCAUGAAGUCUUGCCAUCUUUUACCAUUAUCUUCCUGGCUCGAACUUGAAGGACCAGAGGUAUUUACCAAGAACGUUGAUUCUCCCCUAUUAUCAUUAGUAACAUCCAAUAGUUCAACUGGUACUAUUGUCAUUUCUGGUUUGGCCAACGGUUUGAUCAAGAUCCAUGAACUAGAAACAGGUAUGUAGUGGUAUGGUAAAGAUAAAACAAACGACGAAGUUAGGGAGUUUUAGUCAUCUUUCCUUGCAGCUGAGUCCUGAAUAGUGAAUGUCGCAGCUCAAACGUAACUGACUUGCUAAGGCGUCUGUCACUGGCAAUUUUGGGGGAAACCGGAGGAUCCGGAGGAAUAAGGGAAAAACAUGUAUAGAGACACUAGAGAAAACCAACUAGAACUCUAGGUACAUGAGUUUUCAAGUACAUCGACUUGUUUUUGUAUUUCCCGUCGAGGCCGCCGCGAAGGGGCUAAAGCAGGGGGAGAGGGGGCGUAGUAUCGCAUUUGCCGACAACUUUUCAGCAGCUAAUUAAUAUUUGUUUUCUAAAAAUUGUUGGCGGGCGGAGGGGGCGGGGGGUUGCGUACAACAACAACCCCCCCGAUAGCGACGGCCCUGCUUCCCGUCGUAGAGAAACACAAGCACGUAUUAAGUAAGAGUAAGGUUUAUUGUCCAGACCAUAAGCAAUCAAUCCAUUAAAUGAUCUAACAUGCAUGCAUGUUCAUAAAAUCAUUCUUUGAUCGUGACAAAAAGGCGUUUUAUAUGUCGAUAUUUAUUCGUGUGUUUGGCGCGCACGCUCGAGGCAAUCGAGUGCCUUUCCGGGGAAGAUUCCCGACUAAAACGUCUAGUUUUGAAGGAAUUUUAAAACUGCACAAAGGAGUAGUUUGUAUAAUUUUUGUAGGGCGUUGCCCCUUACGUUUUGUAGGGCGUUGCCCCUUGUAGGGCGUUUCCCGUUGCCCCAAGUGCGUUGCCCCUUACCUUUGAGUUAAUCAAACCUAUUACUAAAUGUUGAGGAUAAGGUAUUUAUCAAGAUUUACUGCCAAUCAUCCAGUUAAUAUUCUUUACUGUAGUAUACAUUGCUUUCACUGAUCACUUGACAAAUUGUAAAAUAUGAACUACACAUGUGAAAAUCUCGCAUCUUGUUGACACGUUUUUGACGGUGUUAGCUUGUAGCAAGCUUUAUUGACAAGUUUUAACAAGCUUGUUAUUUUAUCAAUUUGUAGCAAUUAUCCUACUUUUAAAUAAAAAAGGGGAAACAUAAGUUUCCAGCAAACAAAAUCCAUAAUUUCUAAUCUUUGUAGCAAAAUACACUAGUAUUUACUAAUCAUAUUUUAUUAUUGCCCAAAUGUACUUUGUUAAAGUCAAUAAUUUAUUGUGAUAGUCUUGGUAAGUAAUUUUUGGGUUUUCCCUAAAAAUAUUAGCGAAAUAGUAUAGCAAUAGCAGCUAGUCGUACUAUAUGUUGGAGAUGUUAAAUAGUUAUAAACUUGUGUAGCAUGACCAUGAUGACGAUGGCUAGCUUUACCAGUGCCUAAAACGAAUGUUGAGUCUGCAUUAUGAAGUGUUCCCUUGUCUAUGAAUACCAACAUGUAGUUCCCAGGUGGGACUCUGGACCAUAGCCCAUGCAAAAUGUGCUGCGAAAUUUUCCCGUACAACAGCACAAAAACAUCUCACGAGGCUGAUGCCCCAUACAAGCAUUGCAAAAGCCCGAUUUGUGAAUGAUUAUACUGACUGUAUGUAUAAUUUCAUUUAGAGGAGCUGCGAUUUUUUCAACAUCCUAUUUGGAAUGAAAUUUAGCAGAUUUAAAAGGCUUAUUAUGAAUGCAGGGGCGUAGCUAGUGGGGGUGUUGGGGGUGGGGGGGUGUAACGCUCCUAUUCAGCACGGACUCGGCAAAUGUCUGCUUGACUCGGCAAAAGUAAAUUGCCUUGUACCCAGGCGUACAGGGUCAAAGCGGCAAUAUUAAUUUAGCGCCUAAGAAAAGAGACAGCACUGUUGAUUACGGCCCUAUUAGAAUGUUAACAGCACGUGUUUGCAACAGUUAUUUGAAUACGUGGAAGGUAUAUUUGUGAUGUUACUGUGAGUAUGCAUCCACACCGGGUAACCUGAAAAGAUGCCUGACAUAUCCACGUUUGAAGGGUCUUGACCAAAAGCAUAAAAAUCUGCUAGAGCCGCUUGUGAGCCUUCCAACUGAAGUGUUUGGCAAGUUUGGUGCUCAUCUUUUGCCAGUUCGAACGCCGUCUGAAGACCAUGUUUGCAGAAUUGUGAUGCCCAAUCUAACAGUUUUCCAGCAGAACAAGGAUCUUUUAGGCAAAAAGCAAUGCCGUUUUUCUUCACAGGGGUAUACUAGAUACUAUUUACUCUUAUCUUCAAUACAGCAUUUCACUCGUCCCUGCUUUUUGUUUUGUGUGGUCUCUGUUUCCAUCCGGACCUGCAGCAGAGAAAUGGCAGACAAUGCAUCAUGCAUCACCUACACACACAGAAAUAUCGUAUCUUAGAAUGCGUUGAUAUCGAAGGAACUAGACUCAGUUCCGAAAUACUGUAUAUACCGACUUUGACCUCGUAGCUCAGUUGGUAGAGCAUUGGACCAGUAUUCCAAUGGUCGCGGGUUCGAUUCCCACCGUGGUCAGGCAACUUUUCAGCUUGCCCGGUGUAGAUGCAUACUCAGAGUAACACCACGAACAUCAUAUUCACCUUAUAGUGCAUAUAUAACACCAACAGACACAAAAAUGCCAUAUAUUCUGCUAGACGUGUCAAUGCGUAUAUUCUGUUAGACGUUGCAAGAACUGUUUCUCGCCAAGAUUUAGCUUUUCGAGGAUUGUCCACUCAUCAACAUGGUGAAAAUGAUGGGAACUGCUACCAGAUAAUGUUUCUCUGAGUGUAUACCCACACCGGGCAGUCUGAAAAGUUAGCCUGACCACGGUGGGAAUCCAACCUGCGACCUUUGGGACACACAAAAAAAUUCUACCAGAUAGUUCAACUUGUAUCAAUGCAUUGCCCACGUCUCAGAAAUGGCUGAGUGAUGUUCGUUUGCGACCGUAUUACGUUACCUCAUGAGCUCAGAAUCGUGAAAUGAAAUGAUUGAGAUUUUGGUUAACUGGGUUCGAUCGAAAGUUCGACAAGAAGUCGGAGACGCGAAGAUGUUUUUUGUUAAGCUGUUUUUUCCUUAUGCGGAAUUUUGCGCGCGGAGCGGAACCUUUCUUUGUCUUUUCCAAUUAGUUGCACCUGAGGAAUCACAAGACAAAGAAAAAUUCCCCUCCGCGUAGAAAAUUGCGCCUAAUGGAAAACCGGCUUAAUGGCUGAUAACAACUCCGGAAACAUCCAAUAUCGAUUUGCUGUGGCGGUGAGAUAUGUAAAAAAGAGUGGUUGUUAAAGAACCUACGCUGUUAAAGACCCUCUGCUCGACAUUAAAGAAACCACUGACAAGACUGGGAUUUAACAAGCGAAUGACAUUAUUGUGUCACUGGAAAAAAAUAUCUUGUCAACUUCUAAUUUGGCGUUUUAGUCUUACGAUUUUGCCUCAAAUAUGUCUGGCCAGUACCAUGGGCACAAGCUGAGAUGGAAAGAAAACUACAGAGAGAGGUUUCACACAUCCCCUGUCAAGCAUACAGAACCAACACUGUAGUGCAGCACGCUUGUGAAAGUAGCCUGGUGAUACAAGAACUUUUUAACAUCCUGCAACAACUCUACGUUUUCUUUUCUGGUUGUACAAAACGUCACGCCGUGUUAGCCAAUCAUUUUUCAGCCCAUCGAAAACAGUUUUAAAUGAUAAACCUUUCUAAAACAAGAUGGACUGCACAAUCAGAGUCAAUCAAAGCAGUGUGAGCAUCUCUAGAACCUGUUAUCCAUGCCUUACAACAUGUGAAUGAAUCUACAGUGAAAACAAAAGUAGAAGCGUCUGUGUCCGCCCUCGUGAAGAAUGUCAAGAGCUUUGACUUUAUAGCGAGUCUCGUGUUCAUGAAAAACAUAUCAUGUUGAAAACGAAGUUUCUCAGUGAUACACUUCAGUGAGAAAAGUUGAAUAUCAUUCAAGCUCUUGAAAUGACCAAAGCUACGAUAAAGUUUCUACAAAUAAUUAACAGCGAUGAGAAGACGGAAAUGACCUCGCAGAUUACAGCUUCGAUGGAAUACUCGAAGAAGCUUGAUAUCGAUGCCGAAACGGAAUUUGAAAGAUAUGACAGAACGCGUCGACAACCACGGCGACUGGACGAUAAUCCAGAAACUACAGCUGUUCCUGACCUGUAUCAGUAUUUUAAGAAAGAAUUCAAGUGUGCCUUUGACGUUCUGGCAACGCAACUGAGAGAGAAGAUGCAGCCAACACUUGACAUAAUUGCACCUUUAUCCCGUACAUUACAGAGUCCAUUGCAAGAAGCAUCGCCGACUCUACAGAUAUAAAGGCUGUAGCAGAAAUGAUGCAGGAUGGUGUUGAUAACGACGUCUUAGCAGCCGAGUUAGAAGUCUUAGCUAAUAUUUUGUCAGACAAUGAAGAGUCAAAUCAGGACUCACAAGAAAGUAAAGACAAAGUUAUCCAAUUUGUUUAUAGUCAGCGUAUUGUCCUGCCUUUGACAUGGAUUAUACUGCAAAAAUGGCCAUAAAGUUUUUGCAAGUACAUUGGGCAAAUUGGCCCAAGCUUCAGUUAUAGAGGGUCAGAAAAUUUGCAACGGGUGGCCCCCAAAAGCAGGGAUUGUUGAAAUUGUAAAAUUUUGACCCCCCUCUUUUGGUAGACGUAAAUAGGGAAAAAUGUUUGUGACUUUUUACUUGUCAUAGUCACUGAUCUGAAAUAAGACUGGAUAACGCAUCUAUAGUAUACAAAAGUGAAGCCGGAAGUCACCGGCCGCCACCCGAUUCUGGGGCCCCACUUUUGUAUAGAUUUGUAUUACAGAUGGUAGUUUUUCGCGUUUUUUGCCUUGGCUACGUUUCCGACCGGGCCAGUUUUACAAUCACAAAGAUAGAAGCAUACAAGAAGAAUUUUGAGCAAAAAAUUGGAGUAUUAUGGCUUUAUAACGCCGCGAAACGGGAUUUACAACUCUGAAGGAGUGGAGAGCCUCAGACUUUGUUUAUCAACACGAGCUCGUAUUGCUACUUUCAUACAAAAUCAACUCAAAAUAUACAAGAAUUACUGUUACUGGACGAAUAUUCUCAGGAAAUUUGAAGAAAUGAAGCAGCUACAUUGUGAACAAAAGUGUGAUGAGGUAGUUUUAAAAUACCUUGAAGCUACUUUUAUAAUUAUAUGAAUUAAGGAACAGUUUUAAAUGUCAAUUUUGUCACGAGUAUUCCCCGGCGACUUUUCGAGAAGUUUUAUAUGUUUUAAAGUAGGAAGACAAGUGACAAUCGAAUAUUUUUAAUCCAAAUUAUAAACAAUGACUCAAUAUAAUGUAAUGUUAUUUUAAUUCAUAUAAUUAUAAAAGUAGCCUCAAGGUAUUUUAAAACUAACCUCUGUACGGAUUCGAAAAAUAUUCUUUAUAUAAAGAAUACUAAUUAGGAAUGUUUUAUCAGUUUGAAAGCCACUGCACGUGACAUAUUAUAGUUGACAUGAUUUGCCAAUAAGCUUAUGAAUUAUUAAUGAGUGUUUGAAAAUUGUUUAACCAUUAAGUUACAAUGCACCCAAAUAACCGACUGUAAUAAUUUUACUUUGUCUCAAGCUAGACAGUUUCAUUCGUGAAGGGGGUUAACCAUAACAGAAGGCCUGAAUUUGGUACAGAAAUAGACACACAAAACUGUUAUUUACGAAUCAUUUUAACUGCUGGUUAAAAAAAUGUUCUGAAGGAAGUUGACUUCGGAUUCUAGUUGCAUAAUUAUCUUAUAGAAGUUUGCAAGUUGCAACAAAUUCUAGAAAACCAGCAAUUUUGGUUGAGCUACACCAACUAGGUUGAACUACACUGUUAUCUACGAAUCUGUUUAACCAGUAUAAGCCCUGCCCACUCCUGUCCACUGGCACUUGAGUGAGUUAUUAUCUCUCUAACUAGAAAAUGCCUUUAGUGUUAAACGAAAAAUUGACUGGUGCAUAAUAUCUCUGCAAUGGACUGCCUUCCUUCAACAGAUUAUUUGCAUCUGGGAUUACCUAAACCAUAAUUUAGAGAGGUUGCAUUAACUUUUGUCACAAGUGCUUUCUUGGUUUCGUACUGACUUCCCGAUAAAGCUCAAAACUACAGACGCUUAGUAUUUUGAAUCUUUUUAGGCACAGUUGUUCAAACAGUAUAGCAACGGCAGCUCAUGAUAAUGAAAACCUAUGAUAAAUAUGAAAACCUUUAAACCUAUAUAUACUGUAAAAUUUUAAAGAAUGGUGACAUACUGACAUUGUACUACAGUACACUCCUUUGCUUAAGCGCCCAAGAAAGCCCUGUAUUUGUGUAAGGAGAAAAUAAUCUAUUGUACGUAUUGACUGCUAUUGUACGUUACUCAAAAUUUAAGUGCCUGCACAAAACAUGGCAAGGACAAUAAUUGAAUUAUUUGUCUGUCAACCGUAUCAAUAAGUAUAUAUUAAGAUUAUACCUGGAAAUACAUUCUGAUGCAUGCUUACCUCUGCAUUUUAACUCUGUAGUUUGUAUUUAUUUGUUAAUUUAUUUUUUUUUCGGAAUAAUGUGGAUUUCACACAAGAAGCGUUUGGUUUUUAUCCCAUACACCGAGCCAUACACACAUUUGUAGCUCUUGGCGAUAUAUUCGUCGAUGUUUUGUGAACAUUUUCCCGGGCAAAAAAAUCACUGGGCAAGAAAAUACUUCUUUAUCGCAUGUCUACAUUACCUUUAUUGGAUUUUUUCUUUGGUUUUUCUUCAGUCUCAGUAUGUUAGUUACCGAAAAAAGUUCUUUAAAGUUUAGGUUUAUCGGCUAAAUCUUGUCCGCCAUAUUUGUUAUUAUUAUUGCAACGUGAGCGGUUUCGCGGGUGAGUUCGGCGAAAAGCAGGUGAGUUCGGCGAAAAGCAGGUGAGCUCGACGACAAGCUCACCUGCUCUAAACCAAUCAGAAAGCCGCUUUUAACACAGGUAUGGGAUAAUGUUUGUAACAAGCUUGUUGAUUAAAGCUUGUUACGGAUUGAUUUCUACAAGCUUGUAGUAAACAUGAUGCUCUGGGAAGAUGUUCUGUGACUGGUUGAUUAUGACAAUGACAAAAGAAUAAACUAUAGAAUGGAUUUUCUAAAGAACGAAGCAAGAACAAUAUUCCUUCUGUUUAUGUAAGCCAAUUACGUCUUUUGUCAUUGUCAUAAUCAACCAGUCACAACAACCUUGCUACAAGUCCGUCAACAAGCCGUUAUAAGUCUGUCUUAACAAGCUGGGACAAGCAGUGCGAACACAUCCUGUUGACAAGUUGUUGGAGCAGCAUUGUUACAAAUCUGCAAACAAGUUGUUACAAGUCUGUUCACAAGCUGUCAACAAGUUGUCUUCGCACUGCUUGUUCUCAGUUGUUGUAACAAGUUUGUAACAAGGUGUUAACAACUUGUAACAAGCUUGAUUGCAUUAUCAGACUUGUUACAAGGUGGUUCUAACAAGUUUGAUACAGUCAUGAUAUAACAAAGAUGUUACAAGGUUGUCAACACAAGGUUGUAACAAUUUGUUAUAUCUAGCUUGUAACGGACUUGUUACAACAAUCUUGUAGCAAGUCUGAUAAUUUCGGUAAGGUCGUUACAAGUUGUCAACAAGUUGUUCCAAAACUGUUGACAACUUGUGACAAGCAGCGCGAAGACAACUUGUUGACGGCUUGUUGACAAACUUAUUCUGUUUCACAUGUCUUGUAGAUCGCUAACUGCUAAACAUUUGCGUUUAUUAUAAAAUUCAGCACUCAUUUGAGCACCUGCUUUUUGGCUGCCAUUUACCAUGAUCACCAACGUCGCGGCGAAAAGUCAAAUACUAAUAAGAGAUAAUUAGCCAAAAUGUUUAGAUUCUUUAUAAGGUUAGAUUAGACAUAAAUUAUUAACCUUAACCGAGCAUUUAAAGACUAAAUUGUGUGUAUAGCUAGUUUUAACAACUCUUGAAAACAAUGCUUAUGUGUCAGCAAUAAUAUUUUUCAAAACUUUUAUGUUAAGGAGAAAUAGUUGAAUCGCCUGAAAAGUUUUGGUGAACCCUCGCAAUAACGAUAUACGAAACUAUCAAAUAUUGGAAUUUUGUGACCUCGUGUGAAAAAUAUCUGUUUAUCCUUUUUGAAUAUUUGUAGUCUAUCUAUCCAUUUAAACAGGCAAAGAAUUGAAAGUACUAGUGCACGAUGAAUGUCAAGAUGUAGCGGCGAUGAGUUUGGCUCUGUCACACAGUAAAGCAAUGCUUGCGUCGUCAUCGUUGAUUGGCCCAACAAUACUCUGGGAAAUGAAUACUUAUGAACAGCGUUUAGUGCUGCCAGCAGGUGAUGUUGUGGAUUUCAGUGUAGAUGAUCGACGUCUAUAUACUGGAUGCUUUAAAGGUAAGCAUCUGAAACACGUGUCAAACGAGGAUGAGAGUUGAUAAGAGUUGGCAAGCCAGGGUUUGCAUGAAAAUUUUAUCAGCUCUCGUGCCCUGGUUAGCGUUGAUUAGAGUUCCAACUCAUUUGACCUGAGUAAGUGUUUCUCCUUUUGACCUGAGUUUAAGUGUUUUGUACCUGGGCUCGCAGCGUUACAAACACGCUUUUAGUCGAGGACCUGUAUAUGAGUUUGUAUGCAUUUCAUUUAGGACAGAUAAUCUAAAAUGUUUUAGGACAAAUUGAACAUGACUGUCAACAUGGUAACACUGCCCGGAGCACCCCAAAACGACGCUUUCGCCAUAGUGCUAUCUACCAAACCAUAAAAGCUUUGGCUGUUCUGAGGUGCUUAUAUGGUUCAAAGAUGGUGCUUUUAGGGGUGGUCAUUGGUAAGUGUGAAAUGCCUGGCACUGAUAUUUCACAAGAAAAUGACCAUGCAAUACUCAUAGUCAAAUGUGAAUUUGUGGCUUACAACUGAAACGGCAGUGGACCUACAUUACCUUUUUUCCUAAAUCUUUUUGAUAGAAUCAUAAAUGGUAGUGAUUUAAAUAUAUUAUCACUGAUUUGGUGUAAAAUAGUUAAUAUUUUGUGACCGAAAUAGCCUGCGUAGCGGCUCUCAGAAGAAACGAGAGCCUGCACGAAACCCCAUCAAAUCUGGUUGUUUCAAAAUGAAAGUAUGCUAAUUUAUGCUAAAAUCAUCAUUGAUUGACAGCUUGAUUGUGAACAAACACGCCGGAUGCAUUUGAGAGGUGUUUCUUGAGUUCUGCAUUCAAAAGAGCUUAAAGGUUUCACAUUUAAGGAUGAAAAAAAAAUUUUACGAACUUUGUUCAUGAAGCUCUAGAGAUAGAGUGGCUGUGGUGUCUUCAUUGGAUUGCUGUCUGUUAGUCUCUUUCACGAACGUGUUCGUUUUAUCGACAAUAAAUGGUCGACUUGGUCAUGGUCAAGUUGCCCUAAAACAUUUCCUAAAUGAAAUGUAUACAAACUCAUAUACAGGUCCUAGACUGUUUUCAGACCAGACCGAACACAAUUAAUCCCUGAAAAUGUCAGACAUGUCGUUCUUGUUUUGUGCAUUUUAUACAGCACCACCAGCACACACUCCCUCGUAUUCUGUAGACAAGCACAACUAAAAUCUUCCACCUUAAGAAUUAUCGUUCACGUUGCAACAAAAGGGGUUACUAUGACUGACUAAGUUAUCCAAAUUAAGUUAGACUUUGUAGAAAAUGUGCUUGAUGUCAAUAGCGCUUGUUCAAAAUGGGAAGAUGCUUUCUUUUCCGCUGUUGAUUACUUCAUCCCGAAGAUUGUCAUUGAGUCUUCCUAUGAGCCUCCCUACAUUACCCAGGAAAUUAUUCACUUUUUGAAUAAGAAAAAAACGUUCAGAAAAAGGGCCAAGGCAUCUAAUUCGCCUCACCUUUGGGAACGAUUUCGAGAAAUGCGGCGCUACAUCAAAAGUGUGAUCAAAACUAAGAAACGGGAAUACAUUUCUAACCUGACGAGCCUAGUUAAAGACAAACUCAAAAAAUUUUGGAAAUUCUUUUGCUCAAAGACGACAAGGUCUUUCCUUCCAGACACCUUAGUCUAUAACGAUAAGCAAUUUAGAUCCUCAGAAGGUAAAGCUGAUGCCUUUGAUAGAUUCUUCGCCUCAAUUUUUCAUCCUCUUGACCCAUAUUCCGACAGUUCAUCUCCUCCACCAGAUCACAGUCAGAAUAUUCUUGAAUCCAUAACUGUUUCAACCAGUGAUGUGAAUUGUCUCUUAUCAAGCCUCCCCGCCGACAAAGCCUCAGUACCUGAUGGAAUAUCUGUCAGGCUACUGAAAGAGUGUGCGGACGAAAUUUCUCCAUCAUUAACUGCUGUCUUCAAUAUGUCACUAUCACAAGGAAUGGAAGCAGGGAAUGGAAGGAAGCAAACGUUGUUCCAGUUUUUAAGAGGGGAGAUGUCCGUGAUGUCUCCAACUAUCGACCCAUCACCUUGCUUUCCAUUUUAUCCAAGCUUCUCGAGCGAGUCAUCCAUAUCCACGUGUCCGAGUUUGUUAAACCUUCGUUGAGUGAUUUUUAACUUGGAUUCCGCAAAAAACGAUCUUGCUCCACUCAACUUCUCGGUGUUUUUCAUGACAUUGGCGAAGCUCUAGACAGCGGUAAAGUAACCUGCGUGCAGGCCCAAGGGAACUGAUAGUGGGCCUGCAACCAUCACCCCAUGUUUUCGAUUUUCGCCGGCCGAACCACCGGCUAAAUUCCCAUUGGCUAGCUGAGGCGAUCGGCAAUUAAUUAACCUAGCCCCGCGUGCAGGCCCAAGGGAACAGUGAUUCAUCACAAAGGCAUAGACAAAGGCUCUCGAUAAGCUGAAAAUUUGAAAAUUGAUCACUUUUUUCGAUUACAAAUGGAACAAGAACAGACUGUUUAUUGUUUACUUGAAGGAAGACAUGUUUUUGCCGUUAUGCCAAUGGGGAUUGCUUGUCGUGAGGUGUUGGAAUAGCAAAUUACGACUGGGGUAAACUAUAGUAACCUUUACUUGAGUUUCAUUAAUUUCAAACAGACUUCAGUUGAUACGUUAUGUAUUCUCACUUCCUCAAGAAAAUUAUCUUUUGGUUGAUGUUGAGAUGCAGUUGCAUGUAAGGACUGUAAGCCUAUUCGAAACACUUUCGGCGAUUUACAAGGCUUCGCUGAGAGAGCGAAACAGAAGGCGGUAUUAAAUUGCCGUUUGAAACGAAACGAUCUGGACUCCGGAACGCUCUCUUCUUUUGUAGAGUUCUUUACCAAAUGAAAUAAAUUUCGUACUUUCCGCCGCCAACAAGAAUUGCACACACGAUCUGAUAAGUGAGACAAUUUAUUUAUAACAAUGCCAAUGGCGACAGCGAAGCACACAUAAUAUAAAUCCUAAUGUGGUCGCACGACUUCCCUCAUGAUUUGAAGUUUGAGACUGGUUUUCUGUUGAAAUUCGUCCUAAUUUGCCUGUUCCGAUUUUAGUUGAAAAUGAGCACUUGCAAAUUUGGCAAUUACUGACUGCGUUGCUUGCUUUUUUGGAGUUAAAACGCAGCCAUUUACACAUUGUUUAUUAGUGUUCUGAAUAAGCAGAGAAAACCCCGCAACAUUUUAAUGCGAGUUUGUUUGUUAAUAUUUGGGUGCUGUCAUUGGUUCUUUUUUGACAAUUGACGCGCGAAUGGGGCGUGUUAUGAAAAGGGGCGUUUUACAAAAUACCGGGCGAUGGUUGCAGGUCCACUAUCAGUUCCCUUGGGCCUGCACGCAGGCUAGCGGUAAAGAAGCUGAUAUGAUUUACUUGGAUUUCUCGAAACCCUUCGAUUCUCUUUCCCAUCCAAGACUUUUACUUAAACUUCAACCGCAUGCACGGUAUUUCGGGCUUGUUAUUGAAUUUGUUUUCGGAUUACUUGAGCAAUAGACGUCAACGAGUAGUGGUCAACGCAGUCGCAUCUUCCUAUCUUCAUGCCACCUCGGGAAUUCCACAAGGAAGUAUAUUUGGUCCACUCCUGUUCUUGAUAUAUGCAAAUGAUCUUACCGAAGCAGCUAAUCACAGCGUUGUUCCCAUGUUUGCUGAUGACAGUAAAUUCUACAAAAAGAUUGAGAAACCACAGGACAAAAAUCUCCUACAAACUGAUCUCGAUUCCCUACACCAAUGGUCACUAACAUGGGAUCUCAGUUUUAAUGCUUCGAAGUGUGCUGCAAUGAGAUUUUCUCGCAAGACAAGUUCCGAACAACCUCAAGAAUACCACCUCAAUCAACAACUUAUACCGUUUACACCCGUUUUCAAAAUUACGCCACUUCCCUGAAAAAUACUCUUACUUCAAAGGUCAGUUUUAUGUCACAAGAACUGCUAAAAAUAGCAAACGUAAACAAACUGUCAAAAGACAUUCUAAACCGUAUUUAAUACCAAAACUGCACAAGAAUGAGUUAGAUAACUUAGAUAUACAAACCAAAGCACAAUACAAGCCAUCACAACAGAAAUAUGUGCCGUGAAUGACUUUUAAAGUUUGAAAAAUAAGAAUUUAUCCUCGAAUUUAGCUGUCAGUAUAAAACACGCGCGCUAGACUAUAACGGUGAUGUUAUGAUUUUGUCCUGCUUAAAUUUUGCAAUAAUUCUCACUAAAAUAUCUUGAAAAUCAUUGUAAGCCUGCUUAUAUAAAACAUACAAAGCAUAUACAUCGACAAGGAACCGCAAAACUCAAAGUUUCAACUUCGUGACCGAAUGACAUAAAACUGACAUAUCAACUCUAGCAUUUUCGUCCUUGGUCGCGUUACUUUGAAAACGAGUGUAAAAUAACUCAGAAAGACUUGGGAAUCCUAGUGAGCGAAAGUUUCAAAUGGUCAUUGCAUAUAAAUAACUUGAUAUCGAAAGCUAACAAGAUGCUCGGGUUUGUUCGGCGAAAUUGUUUCUACCUCGCGAACGUUAACUGCAGACGUCUUCUGUAUUUAACUCUUGUUAGGGACCGGUCAUUAUUUAUGGUGGGGGGUGGCACCGAAGAGAAAUGUUUUUCCUGGUAAAAAUGUUGCUAACCCAACCAUUAAAAAGCAAAAAAUUUGAUUACCCAACCUCAAAUAUCAAUUAAAAAAUAAAUACCCACCCCUGGCCAAAACCUUUCAACAGAAUACCAUUCAGUUGUCACACAUGUCCUUUACUACUUCUGUGACACAAGUUUGAUAACUAAACUUUCAUAUUGUAUGUACAUGUACUUUCUUUGGAGACACCAUUUGUCUCCCAACAAAUCGGAAAAUUAUCAAGAUUGUGACAGUUUUCAGUCUCCAAUAUUUAAGUGAGUCAUGCUUUGGAAAUGACAAUAACUUUUUAUUACCCAACCCUUGAGUUGUUUUGUUUUUCAUUUACCCAACCUUUUAGUUACUCAAAAUUUAGUUUACCCAACCUUUUUCUCUUCGGUGCCACCCCCCGCCAUAAAUAAUGACCGGUCCCUUAGAUCGCAGUUCUCUCAUGGCUCUGAAGUCUGGGCGCUCUAGGGUCCAUCCUCUGAUCUGCUACGUCUUGAGAGUGUUCAACGUCGCGCCACGAAAGUUAUUCUGCAAGACUACAAGUCGUCUUACUCGGAACGCUUAAAGAAAUUAACCUUGAUUCCUAUCUCAUAUUGGCUGGAAAUAAAGGACAUUGUGUUCUAUUAUAAAUGCAAAGCGGGGCUGUAUGAUCUUGACAUUGAUAAGUACAUCGAAAGACCUUGUCAUCGGUCGACCCGUUCCAGUACUGUUGACUUUCUGUGUCCAAAUCUAUGUAGAACAACUCUCUUCAGGAACUCGUACUUCAAUAGAAUUGUGUAUCUAUGGAACAGCUUGCCUAGUGAUAUUAAAUCUUCUUCCGUAUACAUCCUUAAAGCUAAACUAUAUGAAUAUUACUUUAAUAAACUGAUUACAGUACUUGAUGCAGAUAGGUGUAGAACUUGGAAACACUAUGCAGUAAUUGUAGAUCACUGCAAAUAAACUGCUGCUCGUAAUACCUAGGUGCACGUAGCAUGAUCGAUGGGUUAAUCUGUUAUAUGCUUAAUAUGCUCAGUUUUCGUUACAACUCUUGAUACAUUUGUUUCAUAUAAAUUAGUCACAAACUGAGUUUUAAUAUUCUCAAUAGAUUAACCAUUCGAGCAUUCUUCAAUCGAGAUUAAUAUUUACUGUUGUAAAUAGUUUUUAUGUACGUCUGUAUUUGUGUUGUCUUGGUAGGACUUAAUUGGGAACUUCUGUUCCAUUGUCCUGACCUUCGAUCUUAUUGAUUGUCAAGUUAUUAAAAAAAAAUAGUUGCAAGUUGUCCACUGUAACUGUGGGGAACAUAUGAUACAUAGCUUCUACCUCAAGUGCCAUUAAUCGCACAUGAGUUUUAGCAUAUGUAAUAUUUGAUUAAUUUACCUUACCCAUGUUUUUUCCCUGAUUAAUUGCAAAUUAGUGUGCCUUCGUUUUUUCCUGCUAACGCAGAUAUAUUGCUUUUCUUCUCAGAAUGACCCAAAUAUUGCACAUGCCAAAAAUCAUAUUGUGUGUUAGACAUAAUUGAUGAACAGUCUGGAACGACAGCCUUACAAAUUUUUUCCAUGUGUACUAGGACAACUGAAGAUGUGGUGUGUCAUCACAGGUGAACUGUUGGGUCGCGUUCCCGCACAUAAUAAACAAAUCAGAAGUCUGUGUACUACUAAAGAUGGACUGUACAUUGCUACUGGAUCUGAAGACAAUACUAUCAAGUUAUGGCGAGCUGAUACAUUAGUAUAUGAAACCACUUUGGUUGGCCAUACUCGUAGCGUGAUGUGUGUGGUGGCAACAAGUAUGUAUUUAUUGUAUUCAUAUUUGGGAAAUUUUACUUAGUGGCGAGGCCACGGCAGGAAUUGUUAGGUCUCCCCCCUCCUGCCGUCACUUUUCUGAAGAUUAAGUGUACUUUAUUUAGAAAAUCUGAUAUUUUUUAAUUACUUCGUCUAUAUACAUCUCCUAGUUUACAAUAUUCAAAAUAUUUCCGUCGUUGCAGAAAUUGGGCCGCUUGUGGAGUAUAUUUCACCUUUAUACUAAAACUGUCUGUACCAGUGUAGGUAGUACCAAUGUGAAAAUGCUGUGCUGAGUGGUUAUAUUACUAAGGUAGUAAUAUAACCACUCAGCACAGUAUAUUUCACCUUCCUUGGAGCCCACCCCCCACACACCUACCCGCCUGAAAUUUAGGCAAUUAAAUGGAGAAAUCUCUUCAAUGAGACUGGCUCUUAAAAACUUGUGAGGAUCGCCAAUGUUGCGAUGUAACGAUGCUUACCCUCGAAAAGUAUUCGAUUUAGUAUAAAAACAGUGAAAAAAAAAUUGAUAUCAAAUACCUAUAUGAGUUUGUUUAGCGCUUUUGUCUACCCUACACUGAUCUCAAUAAUCAAUCAAUGUUGUGCAGGAUUUGACAUCGUGUCUUCUCGCGAGGGCACAGGUGAAGAUACGCCACUUAACUUUUUGAUCUCCUUCCACCAAGUUGCAGGUGAACAAGAUUUGAAACAAAGUCGACAUCUGAAAUCUUGUUCACCUGCAAUUUGGUGGAAGCAGUUCAAAAAUUUAAGUGGCGUAUCUUCACCUGUGCCCUCACAAGAAGACACGAUGUCAAUCCUGCACAAUAUUGAUAAAAAGUCAUUGCCAUCUGAUCACACUCCUGAGCAAAUUGCAAACAUGAUUAACGAAUCUUUUGUAACGCCUAUGAAAGCCUUUAAUUGACUACUUCCCCACUUGCGCCUUGCUAACGAGGAUGAUAAUUUUCCGAGUCUGUUGCCCGUCACCGAGUUUUCUGCUUUCAAGAUGUUGUCAACUCUUAAUGCAAGGAAAGCAACUGGCCAAGACGGUAUUCCCGCCUGGGUCUUAAAAGAGAACGCUGACAUAUUGGUUUCUUCUGUGGCGGAUAUCAUAAACAGCUCUUAUAAAAACACUCAUUUUACCAGAAUCAUUGAAAAAAGCAGACAUUACACCGACUCCAAAGCAGAAACCUGUCCGAGAUGUAAUUAAACACCUAAGGCCAAUAUCACAAAAUAAAUAAUAAGACCAGAAGUCUCACUCGAUGUCGGAAUCUUUGAUGUUGAUGUCCCCGCGCAUGUCGCCUCGAGCAUCUUGGCCGCGUCUCGUUUCCAGUGCCCUAACCAAGUGUAAUUUGACAAAUUUACAUGUAAACAUUAAGGAGCGAGGAAGUUAAAAUUAUACCAAUCGUGUUUUAGAGCUUUGGUGAC